AUGCCCACAUCAAAGAAACCCAACACCAUGCUCUCCACCGUAACACAGCCAAUAGAAUGGUUGAGAAUGCUAUCAUCACAACUAAACCCAACCUUCGUAAUUGGCGUCUUCCUCAUUUAUGGGCUGGGCCAGGGCUUCUCCGGCUCGUUCUUCAAAGUAGUUUCAGAUUAUUAUUGGAAAGACGUGCAAAAGGUUCAACCUUCCACAGUGCAACUCUACGUCGGCUUUUACUUCAUUCCGUGGGUUCUUAAGCCCGUUUGGGGAAUCCUCACCGACGCGUUUCCCGUUCGAGGAUACCGCCGCCGACCCUAUUUUAUUAUCGCCGGCGUCCUCGGCACUGUCUCCGCCGCACUCGUCGCGCUUGUGGGGAACCUCGCCGCCGCCGCGGCGCUGCUGUGCUUCCUCGGCGUGUCCGCGUCGCUUGCUAUUGCUGACGUGACGAUUGACGCGUGCAUCGCACGGAAUAGCAUCGAGGUUCGGUCUCUUGCGCCGGAUUUGCAGAGCCUUUGCGGGUUCUGUUCGGGUUUCGGUGCUCUCGUUGGGUACCUUGCUAGUGGCUUCUUCGUUCACCAUCUUGGACCUCAGGGAUCGUUGGGUCUGAUGGCACUUUCUCCUGCGUUGACAAUUGUUUUGGGUUUUGUGAUUUAUGAGAACAGAACAAGUGGCUUGCAUGGUGAAAAGAAACAGACGGCAUUGGAGAGUGUAGGAAUGACAAUUAAAAGUAUGCACCAAACAAUGAUGUACCCUCAAGUAUGGAAGCCUUCUCUUUUCAUGUUCCUUACCCUAGCUCUCAAUGUAACCACUCACGAAGGCCAUUUUUACUGGUAUACAGAUCCAAAAGCCGGCCCUGCAUUCCCUCAGGAAUUUGUUGGGGUGAUCUAUGCAAUUGGUGCAGUGGCUUCCAUAAUAGGGGUAGUAAUAUACCACAAGGCUCUAAAAGACUAUCCAUUUAGAAACCUAGUAUUUUAUGGACAACUCCUAUAUGCCAUAUCUGGUGUACUGGACCUAAUCUUCAUCCUACGUUGGAAUUUGAUUAUUGGAAUUCCUGACUACUUCUUUGUUGUCAUUGAAGAAACUGCUACAAGAAUCACAGGCAAAAUAAGAUGGAUGCCCAUGUUGGUACUGAGCACCCAGUUGUGCCCUUUAGGCAUAGAGGGCACUUUUUUUGCACUUUUAAUGUGCAUUGAUAGCAUUGGAGCUCUCUUAUCAAGAUGGGGUGGAGGGGUUCUUCUUCGUCUCCUCAAUGUCACUAGAACUGAUUUUACAAACCUUUGGUUGGCUGUUCUUAUAAGGGACAUGCUUAGAUUUGCUAUACUUGCUUUAGUUUUUCUUGUUCCUAAGGCAGGUCAAUAUGAGGGACUGCUUCCUUCUGAGGUUUCGGAAAAGAAUGUGUCUGAUAAUGUCGAUGAAGAGACCUUGGAGCUUGUCCCCAUCAACGCCAACACUAAAGUUUAG